AUGAAGUACUGCUCGACCAUCUGUCAAGAACGCGACAUCAUGCAGCACGACAUACUCUGCGGCAGUUUUGAAAAUUUCAAAGAGCGCUCCAGUCCCAAUCACUUCCGCGCCAUCUACUCCCCCAUCGACUCAUUCUAUCCACGCUUCAUCUGGCUGCGCAUGACGGGCACGCGCGGCUCGCACAAUGUAGACGCAGCCGAUAUAUCACAGUAUCUAACUGGAGUCCGAUCUGCCCGCAUCCACACCUCAUCGCAUUACGGCAUUACUCCAGAGCGCGACUACGAGACCACGAUCGUAGUUCAGCACGAUGAGAACUUGUUUGGCGGCGGCCAGCCACUUAACCUGUGUCUUUCCUUCCUGCUUGGCAUUUGGCCACUUCGCUGGCGUGGGGCGUAUGUGGCUCAUGCAUACAAGUACACUGCAAUGCCGGACCCGUCUGAUUAUGAUGAUACUGAUGCGAAGGAGAUUGACGUUCCCAUUCUGAUUGCCUUGGAUCUGGAUACAACAAGCUUGGGUCCUUUAGUAGCGAAAUUUUGGGACAUGAGGAUAAAUGGGUACAGUUUGACCUGA